AUGGACGACGAUUCCAAUCUCGACUACGAGAUGGAGCCGCAGGCGGCAUUGGCUGGCUUCCAUCCGAGCGCCGAGGAGGCGAUGGACGAGCUGAACAGCGAAGGCAUGGCCAUGUCCGAGGUCAAUCUGCGCUCCGAGGCAACCGACAAGAGUGGAAUUGAUGUCGACUUCUACGAUCCCGCCAGCCAACAACAGACACAGGCGCAUACACCAGCUUUGGACGCGCCACUUGCUCCGAUCGAGACGGAAGAGAUCGUCGAUGUCCUCGCGGCGCCGACAAAAGACCCGAUUGCAAUUGCGGGCACUGAAAAAUUGGACUUUGACGCCGUUCAAGCUCUGCAAAAGGCAGCGACGAGCGCGGAUACACACGCCAGAACCAGCAGCAACGCGAUGGGACCCGACACAGCGACCAAGGGUGCGGAUCAGCUCGUCAGCAUGGAGCACGCAGAAGAAGCAGAAGAAGAAGUGGACGAGCUGCAUCCUGAGGAAGACAGCUCCAUCUCGCAGAACGGGGCCGCCUCUGCGACAUAUCCGCACCAAGAGGAUCAGCCUGUCAGUGGAGGCGAGGUGCAGCCAAAUGGCGAGGAGAACGAGAACGGAGACUUGUCAGGGCUUGACACGUACGCGCAGUACGAUACAGAGGAUGUACAGGAUGCAGCGGUACGGAUCUCGUUCCAUGGUCAAGACUUUGUCAUGUGGUCGGCAGCCGACAUUCCGUCCUUCCUCGCGUCCGCUGUCGCGGUCGAUGCGGUCGACCCGAGCGACGAUUUAGAAGAAGUGGUGCAGAUCGAGGCGCCAGCGCUCGAUGUGUCCAAAGACGUUCUCCAGCAGCCGCUCGACAGCCUCUUCGCUGGUCUCAGGCAAAAGAGCGCUCUUGGCGAGUUCCUCGACGAGUCGCACGAACUGCACAUUGCCUUUCCAGAUCUCGAGCUAGACGUCGCAGAAGACAAUCUCUACUGCCGCGAACUCACCCUCGACGAUCUGCUGCAGCUGCAUUACGGAUUGGGUCUCCCGACGAGUCUGCAUAUCCAGGUCUCGGAACGUCCGCGGUUCAUCACCAAGUACAACGAGCUGGCCCAACACGUUGCGAGCCUCAUCGGAAACGAGCUGCAGCACAGCAGCGACGACGAAGAGGAGGCAGCCAACUCGGCUCGACCUCAAAGUCAUUCAAGGAAGACAGCGAAUCCGCUUGUCAACGACGCUGCGCACGAGACGAAUGGCUUGCAAGCUGCUCAUGAGGCUGCGGCUGCAGCGGAGCAAGCGAGCGGCAACGGCAUUAUUUCGCAUGCGGAAGCUGAUACAAAGCUUAGCGUCGCAGAGGCUUCCAGGAGCGACGUCCGGGGCAGUGCCACAGUACCAGCUGGGGAUCUGGCAUCAGACAGCAGUGUUUCAGCUUCUCUGCCAUUGCGAUCGGUCAACGAAGCAUCGGAACAGGUCAACGCAAACCAUGUUGGCGAAGCGCAUGAGAGCCAUGCGACGCAUCCAGAAGAGGAAGACGACGAAGAGGCGGUGGAUCAGCUUGAAGGCGAGCGGGAGGAAGAAGAAGACGGGCAUCAGGCGGAGGAAGAACACAUCCAACAAGAGGCGGAGGAGCACGACCAGGAUCCCACAACAGCAGCCACAGACGGUGCAGUAGCCCUUGCGUCAGAGACGGAAGCGUCGGUUGCGCUUUCGCAUGAUCCCGCGGUGGCGCAAGUACAGGGAUACGAAGGCGAAGAUGCGGAGGAAGAUGACGAAGGAGAAGAGGAGGAGGCAGAGGAAGAGUGGGCAGAAGAAGACGAGGAAGCUCUUGAUGAGGAGGAGGAAGGGGAAGGGCAGGAGUACGAAGAGGAAUACGCAGAGGAGGAGGAAGAGGAAUACGUCGACGAGGCACAGAUCAACGGCCAAGACGCCGAACAAACCUUCUACACAACCGUCAACGACAGCAGCGAAGCCGAGGAAGACCAGCUGGCGGAACCGGAUCAAAGCGUCACACACGACGUUGCUGCCACGCACUCUGUUCAGGAACCUCUUACCGCCUAUGCCGAUGAGGCCGCUGAGCAAGAGCGCCAAUGGCAAGGGGAAGAAGGCGAAGACCAGAUCGUCGAGUACAUUGAAGAGCCGAGCGAAGCUCCCCUCGGCGCUGCCUCUCCCGCAUCGACGACGUCGUCCCUAUAUCAAACGGGCGCGCACCGCAAGCGCGGCCUGGAAGACGAGGACGACAACGCCGAAUACGAGCAGGACGAUUACGAGGCAGAGAACAAGCGCGUCAAGGUGGAUUGA